CCCAAUGCAGGGAUUGAAGCCGCGUCUCCUGCAUUGGCAGGCGGAUUCUUUACCUCUGAGCCACCAGGGAAGCCUGUUAGCUGUGAUAGUUGUAGUUAUUAUUGUCUCCUGGGCCAGAAUUGCUCAACUGGGCCCCAGUGAUGAAGAUGAGGUGGAGCUCCAGCAAGGAGACAUCCAAGAGGACCGAGACCUCCAGAGCUGUUCCGGGGACAGGCUCCGCUGGUGGAGGCAGUGCCCUGGGUAGGCCUGCAUGGACAUCCCCGUCAGCAGCAGAGACUUCCGCUGCCUGCAGCUGGCCUGCGUGGCCCUCGGCCUGGUGGCUGGCAGCAUCAUCAUCGGUGUCUCCAUCUCCAAAGCUGCAGCUGCCAUGGGCGGGGUCUUUAUUGGAGCUGCUGGUCUGGGGCUCCUCAUCUUGGCCUACCCCUUCCUGAAGUCUCGGUUCAACCUGGACCACAUCCUGCCCACGAUAGGGAGCCUGAGAAUCCACCCCCAGCCAGGGGCAGACCAUGGUGAGGGAAGAUCCAGCACCAAUGGAAAUAAAGAGGGAGCCCGUAGCAGCCUGUCCACAGUGAGCAGAACCCUGGAGAAGCUGAAGCCUGGGGGCCGGGGGACUGGGGAGGGCUGAGGCAGAGGCUGAAGGGUUGCCCCCUGCCCUGCGCCCCCUUUCCCCUGCUCCCCCAGUCUCAGAGCCUGCCUGGAUCCAAACCUGAGAAGAACCAGCUCCUGGAGACGCCAGACCUGCAUCGGCCAGAGCCAUUGGAAAUGGAUCCCUGCGUCGGGCAGGGCUGGGACCAAGCUGUCUCUAG